CUAGGGCCAGCGUUCUAUGUGUGCGCCGGUCUCACGGGUGCUUCUAGGCCCGCGGUGGGAAGCGGCAGCGCCCGGCAGGCCCCAAAGCCCGCCUGUAAGCACCGCAGCACCGGCGGCUCUGCCUGCCAGCGGCGGGGCUGGGCCUAAGAACCGGCCUUGGGCGAACGCGGAGGCCCCGGCGGCCCCUGACCGGCCGCGUCAGGUGACGCGGGUCACGCCGCUGCUCUCCGUUCCCGCCCCGCCGCCAGGCUGCGCCGCGCGCUCCGCCGAGCGGGGGAGGGGAGCGGCGGCAGCGCGGUACCUGGGCCCCCCGCUCCCCGAGCUUGCCCGGAGGAACAGGGGCCCUCGAAGCCCCGCCGGUAGCGCGGCCGGCAUGAGCCAGGUGCCGAGGAAACUGCAGGAGGAGGAAGAGGGGGACGAGGAGGAGGAAGAGGAGGAGGAGAUCGUGGGCUUGGCGGGCUACGCCGAUGGGGCCGAGUCUUUCUCGGACGGCGACGCGGAGAGCGGCGGCGAUGAGGCAUUUUUGGAUUUCAAUGAUCCCUUCAGUACUGAAGUUAAGCCGAGAAUCCUCCUCAUGGGAUUGAGAAGAAGUGGGAAGUCUUCCAUUCAGAAAGUUGUCUUUCACAAAAUGUCGCCGAAUGAGACUCUCUUCUUGGAGAGCACAAACAAGAUCUGCAGAGAGGAUGUUUCCAACAGCUCCUUUGUCAACUUUCAGAUAUGGGAUUUUCCUGGGCAAAUUGACUUCUUUGACCCUACGUUUGACUAUGAGAUGAUUUUCAGAGGCACUGGAGCACUGAUAUUUGUUAUUGAUUCUCAGGAUGAUUAUAUGGAAGCAUUAGCUCGGCUGCAUCUUACUGUUACCAGAGCCUAUAAAGUGAAUCCAGAUAUCAAUUUUGAAAUCUUUAUCCAUAAAGUGGAUGGUUUAUCUGAUGAUCACAAGAUUGAAACACAAAGAGAUAUCCACCAAAGGGCAAAUGAUGACCUUGCAGAUGCUGGAUUGGAGAAGAUUCACCUCAGCUUUUAUCUGACAAGCAUAUAUGAUCAUUCUAUAUUUGAAGCAUUUAGCAAAGUGGUACAGAAACUGAUUCCACAGCUCCCAACACUGGAAAACCUGCUUAACAUCUUUAUUUCAAAUUCUGGGAUUGAAAAAGCAUUUUUAUUUGAUGUAGUCAGUAAGAUCUAUAUUGCAACGGACAGUACUCCAGUGGAUAUGCAAACUUACGAGCUCUGCUGUGAUAUGAUAGAUGUUGUGAUUGACAUUUCUUGCAUAUAUGGGCUUAAAGAUGAUGGCACUGGAACUCCUUAUGACAAGGAAUCAAUGGCAAUCAUAAAACUGAACAAUACAACUGUCCUUUAUUUAAAAGAGGUGACAAAAUUCCUUGCUCUUGUUUGUUUUGUCAGAGAAGAAAGCUUUGAGAGAAAAGGAUUAAUAGACUACAAUUUCCAUUGUUUUCGAAAAGCCAUACAAGAAGUAUUUGAAGUAAGAAUGAAAGUAGUAAGAUCUCGAAAACAUCAAAGCCACAUGCAAAAAAACAAAAGACCCACUCCCAAUGGGACGCCAAGAAUGCCACUGUAACUGAGGUUUUCUGGCAAUGUGGCAAGCAAAGUUUUCAUGAAGUUGAUGCGACUUCUGCAUCUCAUUGCACUGAGUGAAGAGGAAAACAAAUGGGACUGAUGUAUUACAUGAAUUUUCCCUGAACGUUCAGAAAGCACUGUUUAAUAUUUUUAUCCAAUCAGUUUUUUCAUAUAGUGAGCACUUUGAGCAAAAUGUUGUAUAUAUAUAAGCAUUGAGGUGAACACUUGUAAGAAUUUUCUUAAUAUAUGCUGUAAACCUUUUUCAUGCCAUAUUAAGAAAAAACAGCUGUGACGAAAUACUGGGUACAUAAUUUGCACUUUUUCAUGUUUUUCUUGUGGAGUUGGACUUUGAUAAACUUAAUUUUUAUGGUGAUUUUGAUGCAUGGUGUCAGGUAAAAUGUAUGCUGUAGUUUAUUUACCUGCUACAAUCAAAUUGGUUAGUAAACAAUUGAGAAAACUUGGUACAAUGCCUUUUAAAAUUUGUGACAGCUAAUACCUAACAUUCAUACAGAUCUAAUUUCGUAUAUUUUUCAAUUUGUAAACUGAAGAAUAAUUUUGAAGUAUUAUAGCAAUAAGCACCUUACCAGGGAUCAUAACUGGUAGGUAAACAUUAGCUUUUAUAAAACAAAUAGCCUUUUGGCCAAAUUUCAUCCGGAGUUCUCCAUAACACUGGUCAUGCCCUCUGUUGGGUCUGUUUUUAUUAUUUACCUCAGCAUAUACCACUAAAAUACCUUUCUAUAAAGAUACUUGUUUUGUAAAAUGGC